AUGGAAACCAAAAAAUUGAUUGGUAAACCGCUUCAACCAGCAAGACCUGUUCGUCAUCUGACUUCUCCCCCUGGAGCAGUAUUCCCUUUCAACUUUCAGAAUGAAUAUUCAUGCAACACUCAGUGCUUACAAAGUGGAGUUAGCAGAUGUAAGACAAAUGGAAUGCAAGCCUUUUCUCAAGGUCAUAAUGAACAACAGCAACAUCAGUCUCCAGUUAAAAAAGAGAGAAUUAAAUACAGCAGAGAUUUCCUGUUGAAGCUCUCGAGUGUUUCCAUCUGCAGGAAAAAACCAGACUUUCUGCCUGAUCAUCCCAUUGUACUUCAAAAACCAAUCCCCAGGUCUACUGGCAAGGCAUUCAAGACCAUCAUUUGGCAGAAAGUUUAUGAUAAACUGAAUUCUGAACUCCUAAAACCACUGGUCUUUGGGCUUGUUACCUGGAUUCAAGCUUUAGUCCAUGGUUACAAUGUAGCAAAACAGCAAAAAUUGAGAAUAGUGAACUUCAAAAAUUUAGCUAAGCUUCACAUGAAAGAUAUAGAAGACAUUUUAGAAGAGUGCACAUCUUAA